GAGAUAGCGAUAUACCCAUUACAGGGUUAUAUAAAACAAAAUUUAUUAGCGAAUGUAUUUUUAUUAUACAUUUAAAAGGAACUAAAAAUGUGAAAGUAGGUUUUUUUUCAAUGAAAGAAAAAAAAUUGCUAAGUCAUUUAAGGAUUUGUUUAUAAGUGUUGUUUUACAAAUAAUGCGUGUUUGUGUGUACAGGGACAUAUAUUACAAUACCAUAGCGGAUAUAUUCUAGUUAUAAACAGACAUGGCCAGUGACGAAACAUCUAAACCGGCUUGGUCAAACAGUGAUGAGGCAACAACACAGGAUGCGGAAAAAUUACAACAAGAACGAAGAAACCGGAAGCCAUUUUUCUACUGUAGAUGGGUGGCAACACGUCCUUAUCUUAUGUUUUUUGUGACACUUAUUCUACAGUUGUUUCCGGUCGUUAUAACUGGGAUUCUGUUCGGUGCCAACUAUGAUUUGUUUCCGACAAACUUUGAAGUUUUACCUAUGGAACUUUAUGACAUACCGUACAGAGUGAGAGAUUAUGCAUAUAGGGACAAACACAUAUAUGACAACAGUAUAAGCAGAUCACUCACAGAUACAGGGUACCCUACGUACGAAAGAGGACUCUCAUAUUCGUUUUCAAAUAUCGAACUAUUUUUUGAUGCGGAUGGCGGAAACAUUUUAACAAAAGCAAAAUUACAGACUAUCAAAUAUAUUGAAGAACAUUUGAUAGCAUCGGAUGGAUAUAGUACUUCAUUUUGUCAUACUAAAAAUUCAUCCUUGAUCUGCAAAGAUCCGACUUCUCUGAUAAGAUAUUUUGAUGGAACUUUUGCAUAUGUUAGCCCGAUUUUUAAUGAUCCGACAUUCAGCAACAUUGCUGGUGUUAUUUAUGAAGCAUAUACCAAUAAUUUGACGAAAGCAGAUUUUGAGUAUUUCUUGCCAAAGAGCUUCAGCAUUACUCCGACAACAUCCUCGGUCUCGGUCACCAGAACACAAAUUGCAAUUGGCUGUUCCUUAUCCGGAAGUACAAAAUGCCUUUUAAUGAGAGAUACAGCCAGGGAAUGGCUUGGGAAAACAAUGAAACCGAGGCUUGAAACUCUUCUUGAUGAUAUUUCACAGUUUGAUUUUUAUUAUAUUUCGUCAAACCUAUUAUUCUAUGACGUUAUUCAACAAGCAAUGAAAGACAUGAUGUUCGCUAUUGGAAGUAUGCUCUUCAUAUUCUGUUUCAUGACAUUCCACACGCGGUCCUUGUUCGUUUCCGGUUUGGCUGUUAUGAGUAUUUUAACGAGCUUUGCCGGGACCAAUUUGAUAUACAGAUGUAUAAUAGGAUUUGAGUAUCUAGGAUUCUUCCAUGUUUUGGCGAUAUUUAUAAUCUUGGGUAUUGGAGCAGACGACUUGUUUGUUUUCUAUGACUCUUGGCGGUUAACAGCAUUUUCACCGUAUCCCUCACUAGCACAUCGUCUGACAGAAGCAUAUUCCAAAUCAUGUAAAAGCAUGUUAAUAACGUCCAUCACAACGGCCGUCGCUUUCACCGCUAGUGCUUUAUCCCCUUUACUUGCCACCAAGUCGUUUGGUGUUUUUGCCGCCAUUUUGGUUAUCUAUAAUUAUCUAUCGGUGAUUAUUUUCUUUCCAACGGUUGUUAUGGUUUAUCAUAUAAAAUAUGAGGACUGGACAUGGCCCUGCUGCCGAUGCAGUAAAAAGGGAGACAAUGGCAAAAUAGAAAAUGACCAAAGAACGAACUCGAUGUCCAAAGUCGUACCUGAGAACGUGUAUACAGUACAGUCAAAUGACUCUAAAGAUCCUUCAAGCCCAAUUAAAGGAGAUUUUGUUCGCCCAUCGGCUCGAUUGAGUCCUAUUAAAGCCAAGGAACUUUCUGAUAAAAGUAAGAUUGAAAACGGAUACUCUACACGGAGCGUUUCCGAAUACGACAAUGAUAUUAACAAACAUAUGACUACAAUACAAAAACUUAACUCUCCAUGCAUUCCAAAAGCGAAACAAAAGGAAAAAAAGCUAGUGGUUUUUUUCAGAGAUCAUUAUUGGCGUUUCAUAACAUCAAAAUGGACGAGAUUUGCUCUCUUGCCGGUUUUCAUAGCAACAGUGUGUGUGUUUGGUUACUUUGCUUCUACACUGGAACCAGACAACGAGAACUUACAACUUUUCCAAGACGACCACCAUUAUUCCAAAGCCCAGUACGCACAAGAGUAUACUAUGUUAGUUAGCACAGACGACAGUCUCGUCCAAAUCCACGUGGUCUGGGGACUAAAGAACAAGGAUCGUAGCCAUUGCCACUUUUCUUCUAUACAAUGUCGGGGCAAUAAUGUAUAUGAUGAUGAUUUUGAUCCGAAUACAGUGGUUAAUCAGCAGGCAUUGAUGACGUUCUGUAACAGACUGCAUAACAUGACAGCAGCAGAAAUACAGGAGUACAAGAUACGAACAGAUUCCUCCACAGGACAGCUAGAGAUUGCGUGUUUUACUAAGGAUUUAGAUACAUUUCUUCAAUCGAAAUCAGCAGACAUUGGUAUAGGAGACUUAUCACUACCAUGGGACUAUACAAAGACUAUGAAUUUUACGAAUGCCUUACCAUCUCACUACGACACAUCCUCCUUUACAACAGCUUUCAAAGACUAUUUAGCAAUACCUGUUGGAUACUGGCUUUAUAACGAGUUUCAGAAAAAUUACACGGCUGAUUUUGGACAUCACGAUGCCCUGAUUGGUGAAUAUAAAAAUACAAGUGGAUUUACAAAACAGCUUCUGUCAGAUUCUUCAAUAUAUUAUGGAACACAAUUUAAGUACAUAGCCGUAGAGAUCAAUACCACUAUCAACCGGAAAACAACCGGAUAUGCUACUGGAAUACCGUUAGUGGAAUUAUGGGAAACAUUCAUAAAUGAUCAGAUCUCAAAGAUGCCGACUGGUCUAAAAGGCGGAUUCCAACUUACAUUCCAAACAUGGCACUGGUUUUAUGUACAGAAGAGUUUAGCGGACAACGCAGUACAAGGAAUCAUCAUAGGUGUGACCUUGGCCUUUCCUAUCCUGACCUUGACAACCAUGAAUGUGAUAAUCGGAUUUUUUGCAACAAUGUCAAUUUGCUGUACAACAAUUUGUGUAAUAGGAGUGAUUCCCCUUGCUGGUUGGAAACUUGGAUUAUUAGUUUCGUUGAACAUGUGUAUUGUCGUCGGGUUAGCUGUGGAUUAUGUUGUGCAUUUGGCGGAAGGAUAUCACUUAUCACUACACAAGGAUAGAUUAAAUAGAACACGUGACAUGCUGGAAGAAAUGGCAACAUCCGUGUUUUCAGGUGCAUGUACAACUUUGGGAGCGUCGUGUUUUAUGUUUUUUGCAAUGGUUCAAUUUUUUCUACAGUUUGGGAUAUUUUUAUUCUGCACAAUUGGGUUUUCUUUGUUUUUCUCUCUCGGUUUGUUUACCCUUUUAAUGGGAAUGCUUGGUCCCGAGAACAACACAGGGUGUUUGAAAACAUUGUUUGCCAAGUGCAGAAAUAAAUGGAAAAAGGCAGAGAAAAAGGAGAAAUCGGAAACAGAUUCCGAAAUAACUUUGAACCCGUCGAUGUCAGCGUCAACGAUAAGUGCUGCUGGAUCACAAAACAAAUUAAUUCAGUCACAGGUUCCGCCGCACGUGUCACGAAUAAACGUUAAUGGAUUUGACAACAAAAAUGUAUGAAUUGUCCUAACUACGAUUUGAUUUAGGUAGUUUAGCAGAAUAUUGCAUCAAAGACUGUUGGAAAAUCUGUGAUAAGAAAUAUAUUCUGUGCUUUAGGUCAAACUUUCAUGUUAAGAAUUAGUAAUGUAUUGUAAUACAAUGUAAGGAAAAGAGAGAUUAUGAUCACAGGUGAAUCUGUUUAAUUUAUAUAUUUAGUAUUGUGGAUCAUCGGAGAAUCUCAAAACUCUUGAAACAUUAAUGUUUUUAAAGAAGCCGUUCAGGAUUUUAAUUUAUACUCAUCCCCAUUAGUGUAUUUUAUGUAUCAUUUUAACAUCAUCAAAACGUAAAAUGUAACAUUUUAGACAUAACAUAAAAUGUAACAUUUUAGACAUAACAUAAAAUGUAUCAUUUUAGACAAAACAUAAAAUGUAUCAUUUUAGACAUAUCAUGAACUGUAACAUUUUAGACAUUACAUUAAAUAUUCACUCCAUGUACCAUUUUAGACAUAUUAACAUUAAAUGUAACAUUAUGUAUAUAGAAACAUAGAAUGUUACAUUUUAGACGUAACAUAGACCAUUACAUACAAUGAAGUGUUUUAGACAUUACAUAAAAUGUAACAUUUUCGACAUUCCAUGUAAAAUAUUCUACUUUUGGUAUGUUAUUUGGGUGAACAAAAAUCCCAUUCAGCGUGUCGCAUGAAUAAAAGGAACAGUCCAAGUUCAUGGGACAAAAUAACCCAUUUAAUUUUCGAAAUAGACUCUGAUAUACUACAAUCUAAUCUGAUCAAAAAGCGAUUCUGCGUCAUAGCGUACAAGGAUCUGUCAACACUCCGUGUUGCUAUCUGUCCCAAUAAUAUUUACAUGAGCGAAUGAAAUACCAAACUUCACAUUUUUGUCGGUAUGCAUUUAUCCGACAAAGCCAGAGCAUCCCGAUAGUUGUUUAAACAGAAAGUAGCACAUGACGUUUUCAUAUGCUUGGACACUGGAUCUGUAUUUCAGUCACAUUGACUCAAAUUAUGUAACAUUUCAAAAAUCUGAUUUUGACCCUUCUCGUGAUAUAGAUAAAGGGCUAUUAAGGGUUAUUGCCCUUUUAAUCGAAUGAAGAUACAUUGUUUAUUAGUUUAACGCUGUAUAAAAUAUGUAAAGCAUUGUUACCUGGAAGUAUGUGUAAAAAAGUAUUAACAUAUUUUAGGGAGAAUAUAGGCAUAAAAAGUCGCUAUCUCGAUUGGUGCUGAAUUUGAAAUUUAUAUAUAUGAGGGUCUGGAUUGGGGGGGG